GACUUUCUGCCUAGUAUGUCAGUUAGGCAACUCUGCCUUGAGUAAAGUGCUGAGCACGGAAAUGCGAUGAACUGGUGAAAACAAGAAUUCUAUUGAGAUUAUAAAGAGAGACAGAAGACUUGGCGCCUCACAAACUCCCUGGCCUCCGCUUAAAAUGGCAGAGUUAAAGUACAUUUCUGGAUUUGGGAACGAGUGUGCUUCAGAGGACCCUCGCUGCCCGGGUUCUCUGCCAGAAGGACAGAAUAAUCCGCAAGUCUGCCCCUACAAUCUCUACGCGGAGCAGCUCUCGGGAUCAGCCUUCACUUGUCCACGGAGCACCAAUAAGAGAAGCUGGCUGUAUAGGAUCCUCCCGUCAGUGUCUCACAAGCCCUUUGAGUCCAUUGACCAAGGCCAUGUCACUCACAACUGGGAUGAAGUUGGCCCUGAUCCUAACCAGCUUAGAUGGAAACCGUUCGAGAUUCCAAAAACGUCUCAGAAGAAAGUGGACUUUGUGAGCGUAAGUGGAUCUUCUCCAAGCCUUCCCGCUGCCCUCCUGUGUCCUGCGGGGCUGCACACCUUGUGUGGAGCUGGAGACAUCAAGUCUAACAACGGGCUUGCUAUUCACAUUUUCCUGUGUAACACCUCCAUGGAGGACAGAUGCUUUUACAAUUCGGAUGGGGAUUUCCUGAUUGUUCCCCAGAAAGGGAAGCUUCUCAUUUACACAGAGUUUGGCAAGAUGCUCCUGCAGCCCAACGAGAUCUGCGUCAUUCAGCUGCUGUUAUUUUUGGACCCAAUGAGAGGGUUUCUACUGCUGUCAGAAGACACCAUGGUCUCGCUUACAGUUUCAGAGGUUCAGUCCAUUAUCAUCAUGGCAAAGAGCGUGAGAGGAAUGCGAUUCAGCGUCGAUGUCUUCGAGGAGACCAGGGGCUACAUCCUGGAGGUCUACGGUGUCCACUUUGAGUUACCUGACCUGGGACCCAUUGGAGCAAACGGCUUGGCCAAUCCUCGUGAUUUCUUGAUCCCUGUUGCCUGGUAUGAAGAUCGUCAAGUGCCAGGAGGCUACACUGUGAUUAAUAAAUACCAAGGCAAGCUGUUUGCUUCCAAACAGAGUGUCUCCCCGUUCAAUGUUGUGGCCUGGCACGGAAACUAUACGCCCUACAAGUACAACCUAGAGAACUUCAUGGUGAUCAAUGCAGUGGCCUUUGACCAUGCGGAUCCUUCCAUUUUCACAGUGCUCACGGCCAAGUCUACCCGACCUGGAGUGGCCAUUGCUGACUUUGUCAUCUUCCCACCUCGGUGGGGGGUGGCAAAUAAGACCUUCCGGCCUCCUUAUUACCACAGGAACUGCAUGAGUGAAUUCAUGGGACUCAUCAAAGGUCACUAUGAGGCAAAGCAAGGUGGAUUCCUGCCAGGGGGAGGCAGCCUGCACAGUGCCAUGACCCCUCACGGUCCGGAUGCAGACUGCUUUGAGAAGGCCAGCAAGGCCCAGUUGGCACCCGAGCGGAUUGCUGAUGGUACCAUGGCAUUUAUGUUUGAGUCUUCAUUGAGCUUGGCAGUCACCAAGUGGGGACUCAAGACCUGCAACUGUCUGGAUGAGAACUACUACAAGUGCUGGGAGCCUCUCAGGAGCCACUUCACCCCCAAUUCCAGGGACCCCACAGGACCUAAGUGAGACCGAAGCUGCUCCUGUAAUUGAGAAUGGAUUCACAUGGUUCCCUUGAGACUCUCACACCCUCUGGGGACACAGGGACUCACUUUUCACAGUCAAGGAAUUCAGUGUGUUUGUGGAAACGCAUUUGGAAAUGUCUGUGGCUUUCUGUUCCUCAGUAAAUAAGUGUUCUGUG